GCAUCGUCUGGAACAGAAAACGUCAGCGUCCCGUGCGGAGUAUUGACUUUUAUUGCGCAUGAGCAGUGGAUGCUGAUGUAAUACUUCGACUGUCAGAAUUUCUCACAGCUGUACGUGUGGCUAAGACCCAUCUGGUGAUCUAACGUACAUCCUCCUCGCGCUUUCCCCAGACGUGACCACUAUGUCCGACAUAUUUGUGGCCUUCCCGUCUGUUACGAAGAAUAAAACAGUGAUAUUUGGAAAGAACUCGGAUCGUCCUCCAUCUGAGGUUCAGGAGGUGGUGUACAGCACUGGGUCACAACAUGCCCCCGGCUCCAAAGUCAAGUGUACGUUUAUGGAGAUAGACGAGGCAGAGGAGACGUACAAUGCCAUCCUCAGUAAGCCUUCGUGGUGCUGGGGUGCGGAGAUGGGCGCCAACGACAGAGGCCUAUGUGUGGGCUGUACUUCUGUGUGGACAAAACUCUGUCACCUCGGAGAACAUGCGGAAAAACUCAUCGGUGUAGACUUUGUCAGACUGGCCCUGGAGAGGGCAAAGUCUGCCAAGGAGGGAGUGGAGGUCAUUACCUCACUACUAGAGAAACACGGCCAGGGUGGACAAAACACCAACGAUGUUAACUUCGGCCAGUGGACGUACAACAACUCUUUCCUGGUAGUGGACACAACUGAGGCUUGGGUACUGGACACUGCUGGUCAGUUCUGGGCCGCCAAGAAAUUUACAUCUGGCAUUCAUAACAUCUCCAGUGCCUUGUCUAUCUCCACGGAAAUAGACCUAACAUCUCCGGGGCUCACAGAGGCGGCCAUCUCUGGUGGAUACUGGAAGGCAGAACAAGGUGCAUUAGAUUUCACUCAGGCAUUUUCUGCCGAAUUCACUGGAUUAUCAUUGGCAGAGACCCAGUUGCCAAGCAACCGAGUGAAAAGAGGGAAGGAACUGAUGGAAAAAGUGGUGGACAAGGGCAACUUUACACUGGAGAAUAUGAUAGAAAUACUUCGGGAUGAAGAGGGCAGCAUCAAUUUUGCCGGCGACAUUUUAACAGUUGGAAGUCAAGUUUCGAUGUUAACAGACCCAGCGUCAGAAUCACCCGAUAGUCAUUGGUUUACCGGAACUCCGAACACAUCCGUUUCCGUCUUCAAACCAUUCAUCUUCUGCCCGGAUGUCAACAUUGGCGACGUGACAGUGGCGCCGUCUGUUGACAAACAUCACAAAUUGUACGAUGCUCAUCAAAAGAAACGAACAAUGAUGGAAGACAAAACCCCGCCCGGAGAAAAACUUCGAGGAAUCAUGAUGAUCUUGGAGAGGCAGUGUUUGAUCGACAUACAGGAUUACUUACAAAAUUUUUCUAAAGACUUGGUAGAUGAGUCCCGUGACCUUUUCAAGGAUGUGGCUGAGUCAGAGGUCAAAUUUUACCGAUGAACGAUUCAGACAAACCAUGCAAAGUUGUGAAAUUUAAGUUUGUGCUUUAUCAUGUCAAAAUUGGAUUGCAAAUGAGAUGGAAUUUCAAUUAGGGUUUAAUUCCAGAGUUUAAUGCCAUUUUGUUUUCAUUAAUCAUUGAGCAUCAAAAUGCCUUCGUUUCCAGUACUUGCAUUGGCUUUAAAUGUUGAGAAAUAAGCUUUUUUCCUCAUGACAUGACCACAUAUGAUAAUAUUCGGUACAACCUGCUGCAGUCAAACUCAGAGGUGUCGAUUACACUCUCCUAGCUUGACCCAUUGUACAGUCCCGACUGUUUCUCUUUACAAACUAAAGUAAUUUAAUCCAGAUGUGCUGAACGUCGAUGAUUCUGACACCUGAUUCAGACAGGUUGUUCAGUUCGGCAAUUUCUGUUUUCAAACGAGUACUUUGAGUGAGUUGUGUCUGACACUAUUGAGUCCAAUGGCCCUCGGAAGAGUAAGAGAUAAUUGAGGAUCCCAAUUAAAAGGCGAAAAAACCCUGUAUAAUCUGAUCAUGACCCCUGAGUGUUCUGUCGUCCUCUCUAAUCUGACAUAAAACCUGUUUAUUCUGACAUUCCACUUAAUCCAACCAUUGUGUUGGAUCUCACUAGGUGUUGUGGUAAACAGUUUACACUUUACGAUUUUGAUUGUUUUCCUUCCAAAACCCAAACGUGUAUGCCUUGCUAUGUUCUUUAAAAUGACAUCAUUAGGAAAGGUCAACCCGUUAACCCCUAUGUAACUUCAAUAAACUCUACAAUGAAUUGAUCUGGGUGGGUUCAUUUUGGUCUACAGUGGUGAAGAGGUUAACUCAUUUACCCCUGAAGACACAUUUGAACUCUUCCAAAUCAAAGGUUGGUAAUAGUUCAUUAUGAAAUUUCAGGGGUGAAUGAGUUAAUUGUUUAUAGGAUACAUGGACAUUAAUAUAUUCAUGGUAUGAAAAUCUUAAUUAAGAUUAACUACUCUGAUAACUGCCAGUUACCUUUUCGUCAUUCUUCGGAGUUUGACUAUACAGCAAGGUUAACUCAUUCACCCCUGAAGACACAUUUGAACUCUUCCAGUUCUAAGGUUGGAAUAGUUCAUUAUGAAAUUCCAGGGUUGAAUGAGUUAAUUGUAGUUAAAUGGUACAUAAACAUUCCAUUGGUGAUUAUAUCUAUUGUUCUGUUAGCUUGGUGAGACCAUUUAAUAUUGGUAUACAUUUUGGGGACAAUCUUAUACAGAUGUUAUGUAUUUGCUGUAGGGUUUCAAAUGUAGUCCCCCACCGGUUAAACUGGAGGGGACUAAAGGAUAGCACAUUUUCCGUCCUUUCAUAUUGUCAUACCUAGGCCUUCUCCUGUUAAAUAUUCCAUGUAGGACUAUCAAGUUUGGUAUGGAUGUAUAUUUAGAAUUUUUGAGUGUAACCUACUGAAAGUAGGUCACUGUGACCUUUGCUAUUUUGAGUCAAUCUUCCCUAUUGAAACGUAUAUUUGAAAUGUACCUACCAGAAGCACCAAAUCUGUUUUUGUCCUUUUGUAAACAGCUUUACCACACUAUGUAUUAUCUGUUCUAUUUCAUCUAAGAUUACAAAAUAUAAAAUGUGUACAUUUUGAUAUGGAACAAUAUUUCAUACUAAAAGUAGAUCAUUGUGUGACUGGCGCCCAUCUCUAGAAUCUUUAAUUUGUAAAGAAAAAAUGAAACUUUUAUAAUGUUGAUGUCUUAAAUGUUGUGCCAGGGGAAGGAAAGCUUAAGUAAAAUGAAUGUAAUAAAUGGACAUACCUUAACAAUAACUGAAGAGCUGAUGAGCCACUCAAUUUGUGACAAACAUGUUUGUGUACCUCUGAUCUGUGUCAGUGAAACGUUUGUUUGGAGCAUAACUACUGAAGUCUAAGUUCUAGGAUCAACAACUCUGAUUCAGCGACUCGUUUAGGGGAGGCAAAGUGUCAUAUACUAAAAGUAGGUCACUGUGACCUGUAUUUGACCUUUGACUAAUAUCAUUGUUAAAGGCUUUGGUUGAACCAUACAUUCUCUACAAUACCUUGAAGAAAUUUCUUCACACUAAACAUAAGUCUUUUAGUCCUCAAGAAAUUUUACCUUUAUCAAAGGUUUCUAUCCUUUUACUGGUGGGGAACUAUAAAAUGGAUCACAAUAAUUUUCCUUGUUUUGUUUAUUUUGCAAAUCGAUUUAACUUUGUGAAUCAAAUGACAAUAAUUUCGGAAUAAAUACAUUAGAUUGUAUAGCAUAUACUAUUGUAGAAACAUUUUCUUUUUUAAAGUUUAACUUCUGAGAUGUAAAAUUGUGAAUUAUCAUGAUAUUUUCCACUUAUUGCGAUUAAUUCACACGUACUGACUUUUCAGUUCUAAUUGAUAGAUAUUUCUAUUGCCCCUAAAGUUGAUUGGCACAUUAAAGUUUUAAACAUGAAAUUAGCUUUAUCAUACACCAGUGCUUUUAAGAAGAGGGGCCAUAACUCCUGUAGAGAGAGUAUAAAGUUUAAAGAAUACUGUUGUGAAAGAUUUAAGAUUACUUGAAAAAAAAUGAACAUGUAUUAUCAUGCCCCCUAUCCCAUCCCAUCCUAGAAAUCCAGGGGUUACGCUCACUUUCGCUCUCUACACCCCUGGAAUAUGUCAUAGCAAAAUUUAAGGCACGCAGCUAGC